AUGGCCCCGGGGAUACAAGACUCGGUGCUCUCAGCAGCAGUACUCACCGAGGAACAAGAACAAGCCUCCCCGGCCAAAAGACGCCCGCUCUCGCUCUUCCAUCACAGCCUGGUCACAUCCGACAUGGACGCGCUGAAAUUCCACGCCGCCGCAUCCCUCCAGCUGCGCUUCAGCCCCCAUCAAGACAUCAACAGCCCAGCAGAAUCAAAAUCAAACUCGAAAUCGGAUCCACAGGCUCACUCCCUCAUCGCAUCACCCUACAACUCCGCCCUCCACCUCCUCAACCUCCAAAGCCUCGAUACCCCCAACCGCCUCCUCGCACAGGCCCUGACAAUCCUCCACCCCGUGCGCGACGACUACGCCACAGCCCCGUACGCGGACUCCUUCAACUGGUCCUCUGUCUUUGCGUUCCUGCGUGAUCUGAGCAUCCGCGAGGGUCACGUCUGGUCCCGGACGCGCUUCUACGUCGUGGUGUUCCGGUCGACGUUGUUGGCGGGCGCGGACGGGGACCGACUGCAUGAGCUGGAUGCGCGGUCGCAUCAGGAGGCUGUGGCGAGUGGGGGGUUACUCAAGUAUUGGUUUGGGACGAAGAAUGGGCGGAGGGAGAAUCUGGCGACUUGUAAGUCUUCCUUUGUUUUCUUUUUGGAUGGUGGUGUUGACUGGGUAGGUCUCUGGCGGAGUCGGGAGGAUGCGCAUCGGGGAGGGACGGGGCCGUGGCAUCGGAGGGCUAGAGGGGCUGCGAGAGAGCUGUAUGAGAAGAUUGUGUUUACGACGAUGGAGUUGGUGGUUGGGGAUGAGGUGGGAGAGUGGACGUUUGGGGAGUGGACUGACUACUGA